UUCAGAACAAAAAUGACUCACAAGCAGUGUUAAGCUAAAUAGUUUAAACAAUAUUAUAAUAAUUAGCGUACCGCUAUAAAAGUGCGAAAUGGGCUUAUUUGGCAAAACCCCCAGCAAAGACCCCAAAGAGCAGGUGCAAGAAUGGACGCACAAAAUACGAAAAGAGGGUAAUCAGCUCGAUAGGCAGAUACGCAGCAUACAGCGAGAGGAGGAAAAGGUGAAACGCUCUCUAAAGCAGGCCGCCCAAAAGAACGACCGAGACACCUGUAUCAUUCUCGCCAAAGAGAUAGUGAAUGCGCGGAAAGCUAUAAAUCGUAUUUACACAUCUAAGGCGCAUCUCAGUUCCAUACAGAUGCAGAUGAAAAAUCAAUUGUCUACUUUGCGGGUUGCUGGCUCUUUGCAGAAAUCCACGGAAGUUAUGCAGGCCAUGCAGAGUCUUGUUCGAUAUCCGGAAUUGGCAGGCAUUAUGCGUGACAUGUCCAAGGAAAUGAUGAAGGCAGGCAUUAUCGAGGAGAUGCUGGAUGAGACCAUGGACUCGCUGGAAGAGUCUGAGGAGUUGGAGGAGGAGGCAGCAAAGGAGGUUGAUAAAGUACUUUGGGAAAUUACGGACGGCAAACUGGGAGAGGCUCCAUUACCACCAGAAGCAACGCCAGCAGACAAAACACCAGCAGCUCCAUCCCGAGUUGCGGUCGAGGACGAUGACGACGAGGGUGAAGAGCUUCAGGAAAUGCAGAGCCGCCUGGCUUCGUUGCGCUCAUAAAUUAAUGUGCAGUAAAAGGGCUGUAUACAUAAAGUAAUGUUUAGAUUCGAAUUUGGAAAAUUAAGCUUGUGAUUAUUUAUCAUAGCACCUUGCGUCCCACGAAAAUCCAAUAUGUUACUCCGGAUUCCGACAGUGAAUUAUAUAAACCAAAAUAACAGUGAAAAUCUA